UACAUGCCUGGUAUCCUCAGCUUUCCCUCAAUCUUUUCCCUUAUCCACACUCAGCUGUCAUUUUCUUCAUGGCUGUCUUUAAUUUCCCUAGUUUAAAUAAUCUGUUCCUCCUUUUAUAUACCUAUGGCCUCCUUUUACACAGUUGUCAGGUUAUCUCAUAAGACGUUCAGAGGUAGGACAACUGUAGGCUCAGUUUAUCUGGGCAAUACUCUGCUUGAGAUUUUUCUGUGCCAGUUUCAUCUUUGGAUUGAAUGUCAUGUCUGGACUUGCAGUCACGCCUUACUUGGUAUUGGGUUAGAUAACGCUCGUUUCUGAGUGUCUCCUUAGGAGAUGAGGAAAUCUUUAGAAGUCCCACUCCACCAAGAACACUGCCUCUUUAAUUUUCCUAGUGCCCACCCCUAAACCAGUGGAUGGUGGAAAGAAUAAAACCAUCCUGAUUAGUUUGGACUAAUGGUUUUCAAAUUUCAGAGAUCCUGGAGACCUUUUAUUUGGAGGCUUUUAAGGUCAAAACUACUUUCCUAACAUAAAAACAUUUUGCCGUUUUCAUUCAUUCUGAAAGGACGGUGGAGUUUUCCAGAGUCUACAAUCCACAUUUCCUGUUAAGCCAGUAAUCAGAUUUUCAAAGUGUAAAAUGAUAUCACAUUAUUUACUACUGGGGGGAGGGAGAUUUGGAAGUCAGUUUUCACUUAAAUUAUCUUAAUACAUAGAAUUAUUUUAAAAUGUUUAAUUUGGUGUCAAUAUUUAAGUGUGUAAAGGUCCUGGAGGCCAAAAAGAGAACCACUAGUUUAGAUCAUCCAAUUUCACACUCUAGCUGGGAGUCAAAUCACGGAUGCCUUAGCUAGGAAGAGCGCUGUUGGAAUGGAUAUUAACAGGUCUACUCCCAUUCCUUCUGUUGUGGUUCUCUUCCUCAGCAUCCAUUAGAAUUGACACAAAGUUUGUUGAAACACAUAAUGCUGUGGCGAUUUAGUAACCUGAGGUAAAGAGAACAUGCUAAACAAUAGUUCCCAGGUGAAUGAUGCUACAGGCGGAGAAACGGUGCAUAGUUUAGGGCGAGAUUCCCCUGUAAUUAUUGGCCACCUUACAAAAGGAGGUACUACUAAUGCCGGCUUACGCAAAACUAAAAAGACUACAAACUAACUACUUUCACUAGGCGCUGAGUAAAGGCGGCGAUUUUUCACAGUAAUUUUUUAAAAAUGUAUCUUGCCAAAAGUUGGGGAUCAUGCUAAACAAGGAUUUUAUAAAGACCAAUAAAUACUGCCUAGUUCCUACACUAAAGGAACUCACGAAUUAGACGAAGAUGUGAACUGGCAAAAUACAGCAGCUCCAAGUACAGUGAGGUUCCGAAGAGAACUCGUUUCUACUGCAGGAGGAAGUUCGGAGCACCAGAAGACGCUCACCCACAACAUUCCAGUACAGACGAGCGUUCUUAACUCCUGCGCCGGAAACCCAGCGGCCAAAGGUCACGCAGAAGCCUUCGCAGCGUCCCUUCCAUUGCCUGGCCGACCGGAAGUGGCGCCUGCGCCUGCGCAGUGUGCGCUUACCGUGGAAUCGUACGCCGGCCUAGCCAGGUGCCUCCGAGCCGCCGUAGUGCUUGUGCGAGCGGGUUGGCGAGGAAUGGAGCCGGUGGGCGGUGGCGGCGACCGCUGCGGCUCCUCCUCCGCAGACCCUCGGAGCACCUUUGUGUUGAGUAACCUAGCGGAGGUGGUGGAGCGUGUGCUCACCUUCCUGCCCGCCAAGGCGUUGCUGCGGGUGGCUGGUGUGUGCCGCUUGUGGAGGGAGUGUGUUCGCAGAGUGUUGCGGACCCAUCGAAGUGUGACCUGGAUCUCCGCGGGCCUGGCGGAGGCCGGCCACCUGGAGGGGCAUUGCUUGGUCCGCGUGGUAGCAGAGGAGCUUGAGAAUGUUCAUAUCUUACCACAGACAGUUCUCUACAUGGCUGAUUCAGAAACUUUUAUUAGUCUAGAAGAGUGUCGUGGCCAUAAGAGAGCAAGGAAAAGAACUACUAUGGAAACCGCAUUGGCACUUGAGAAGCUAUUCCCAAAACGAUGCCAAGUCCUUGGGAUUGUGGCCCCAGGAAUUGUAGUAACUCCAAUGGGAACAGGUAGCAAUCGACCUCAGGAAAUAGAAAUUGGAGAAUCUGGUUUUGCUCUAUUAUUUCCUCAAAUUGAAGGAAUAAAAAUACAGCCCUUUCAUUUUACUAAAGAUCCAAAGAACUUAACACUUGAAAGACAUCAACUUACUGAAGUAGGUCUUCUAGAUAACCCUGAACUUCGCGUGGUCCUCGUCUUUGGCUAUAAUUGUUGCAAGGUGGGAGCCAGUAAUUACCUGCAGCGAGUAGUCAGCACUUUCAGUGAUAUGAAUAUCAUCUUGGCUGGAGGCCAGGUGGACAACCUGUCAUCAUUUACUUCUGAAAAGAACCCUCUGGAUAUUGAUGCCACAGGCGUGGCUGGACUGUCAUUUAGUGGGCACCGAAUCCAGAGUGCCACGGUGCUUCUUAAUGAGGAUGUCAAUGAUGAGAAGACUGCUGAGGCGGCCAUGCAGCGCCUGAAAGCAGCCAACAUUCCAGAACAGAAUACCAUUGGCUUCAUGUUUGCAUGCGUUGGCAGGGGCUUUCAGUAUUAUAGAGCCAAAGGGAAUGUCGAGGCUGAUGCAUUUAGGAAGUUUUUUCCUAAUGUUCCCUUGUUUGGCUUCUUUGGAAAUGGAGAAAUUGGAUGUGACCGGAUAGUCACUGGGAACUUUAUAUUGAGAAAAUGUAACGAGGUAAAGGAUGAUGAUCUGUUUCACAGCUAUACAACAAUAAUGGCACUGAUUCACCUGGGGUCAUCUAAAUAAAGCCAUCUUUAAAGUGGCUUUUGCAGUAUUCAAAGUAUUGACUUUCAACUUCUGCCUUUUCCACAAAAUGGAAACUUGGGAUAUGUAUAUUUCAAAAAAAGAUAACUUUAGCUCUGUCUGUUCUGUAGCUUUGAUAGAUGUUCUGAGAUCACAUUUGGGUAAUUUUUAAUAUAUUAGAUGAAGGACAACUUUGUACACAACACACAACACGAGUUGAAAGCUUUGCGUUGGGCACAAGCAAAGAAGUUGUGGCUGUGUUCACCUGUCGAAGCUGCUGUAUAAGGUGACUUUCAAUAGUCUUCCUGCAAGGAAUGAUCAAAGGGUGAUUUACCAGUGAGAUAAAGAUUUAAGGCAUUCUGCAUCUACCUCUUUGUAUUGGUAAAUGACCUUUUAGCAGAAUCUGGAAGAUAUUUUUUUCCUCCCUUAAUAUCAGAGAAAAAUGAAAUGGGUUGAGAAAUCUUUCUGCUUUCCAAUUUUACCAGUUUUCCCCCCCAGAUACUGUAAUAAUAUAAUUACUUUUUUACUUAUGAUAAAAAUUUAACUUUGUUUUGAUACUCUAAAAGUUGCUCAGUCAGAUAAAAUUGUUGAGAGACUUUUAUAAAUAAAACUAUUUUCCUUAAUAAAGAAAUUCCAAGAGAAGAUUUUUUUCUCAUAUAGUUUCGUAUAGCUAAUUGGCAGACCAGAAAAUUCUAUCACCUUAUUUUGAUUUUAUACCAAUAAAACAUACCUUACAAACUCAUUCAGAUACUUUUCUGUAUUUCAAAAGCAAACUAAUCCUUUGUAAAUGAAAAGCUGGAAUGUAGGUAUUUGUUAGCUGGUCAGUCCUAUCAUUCAAGUUUGAAUUUCUGACACACAAAUAUUUGAGAGGGGCAGAGAAUACCAGUAUCCCCUUAAUAUCCAUUCUUACCUUUUAUUCUAUCACAGUGAUAGAAACAAACAAACAAAGACUACAUUUCUCAGUGUCUCUUGCAGGUAUAAUUGUUUUUUGGCUGAUGAACAUGAUGGGAAAUGAUUCUCUUUUUCUGCCUCUUUUUCUAUCUUGUUUGAAAUGUACAUCUGGUCAUGAACCAUCUUGGAUGCUGCCAAGGAGGCAAUACCCCAUUGUGGAAGAAAACCAGACAGAGAUUCUGGGUCCCUGUAUACCUUUGUUGAAGUACCUCCAUAGCAGAUCUGACCUGCCUGACUCCAGACUGUUUGUUUUACAAAAUAGAAAUCAGCUUGCUUAAGCAGCCUUCCUCUUCCAUCCCUAGGGCUUUAUUGUAUAUGAUCUUAUAAAGUGAGAUAAAUGACGUGGCAUUUUUGUAAUGAUUAGAGGUUUUAACAGGACAGUAGAAAACUUGCAAUAUAAGUAAAAGCAAAUGUAUUAACAUUGUUCCUGAUUUUCUGUCACUUUUCUCCCAACUUUUUACCUCGUAGAUUUUUCUCUUGCUAUUUAUGUGUAUAAUACUUAAAAGGUUCCUUUAUUUUAUGAGUAUUUUAAAUAUUCCUGAAGAGUUACUUCCUUUUGGAGUUCCAGAAAAGUCCAAAGAAAAGUUUGAUUGAGAGAUUUUUUUUAAUCUGUAUUUCUCUUUAGCCAUUUGUUAACUUUUCUAUUUAUUAACUUUUCUGUUAUUUGACACUGAUAUGUAUUAUCAGUUAGCUAGUAACUCCAAAAUCCUAGUCCUUGAAUAUGCUUAAGUAGAAACAUAGACAAAUAUUUUAGAAAUCUUGUUCCUGAUAUGAAUCAGAAUUGGUUGAAUAAUAGAGGAAGGAGGAUUUUAAAAGCUGAAAUUAUGAAUAAAAUAGGCAUGAGAAUUACAUGGAUUUUUAAAAAAAUUAAUACUCAAAAUGUUUUGCUACUUCUCAAAGGAGAAUCUGCCACAGGAUAACUUGCUAAACAUCUGACAUUGUUUUGGGGUUUCUUUUAAUAGGUUAGCCUUUUGGCACUUGUCAGAGACAAUAAAAUCAUUCAAUCACAUGGUUGUAAUCUUAGUACAAAGUAAAAAGGGGAGAACUUGACCCAAUAGAAGUAAUAGUAUAUCUCAAUAACAAAAGCCAUCCUUUCUGCAUCUGAGAGGCUGUGAGGUUGUAUGGAAGUAAUUUAACUAAAGUCAGAGCUAUAUUACAGUUUUAAAAGAUCUGUCCUACAAGCAAGCAUUAAAGAGUAAUUACUGAAAUUCCUUGAGAUGGCAAACCAUUGUAGCCACUUGUGAAACUGCAAAAAUGAUCACAUUAAAAAAAAAAAAAAGAGAGACAUAAAGGUGAAUCCUUACUGUCUUCACAUGCUGAGCUGUCUUAAGAUCAGAUGAUAUGAUGGUUUAUUUAAUCAAGACACUUAAAAACACGGAUUUCUUAUACUUUGAAAACAAAAUCAUUUGUGGGGCUGUAGUUUGCUUUAUAAAAGGCUGCAUCAAGGAACAUGUUUCCAUUCCCUUUGGUCCAAGUAGAAUGAAAACUCUUUAACAGCCAAAUAGAAAUAGGAGAAGGAGGGAAGGUGGACCUGGGGAUAUACUCUGUGGAAUGAUGUAACAGUAGGUUGUUUCAUUACGAUUUUUUCAGUUUUGCUUAAAAUUAAAAGGAUCAUCUCAACCCAUGAAGCCAGAGAGCAAAAGAUUUGCCAUGAUUUACACUGCACAUUUAACAAAAAAUAAACGUGCAAAGAAUUAUAUUGCAAGAAUAAAUUUACAAAUCUAGAACUUUCUAUGUAAUCUGAAGAACCUUUCAAGUAAAAAUAUAAUUGCUUUUGUCAUACCCAUACGGUCUGGUCCAAAUUAGCAUUGCCAUAAAAUCAGUUUUAAGGGAAACAGAAUACCCCAAAUUCCCCUGAUGGUAAAUCAUGAGAUUCCACGAUUGAUUUGAUUUUCAGUUGUAAAAACUGAAUAUGAGUCGGCUUAAUGAAAAUGUUAAAUGAAAUCUGUAAUAACAUCUUUGUUUGAUGAACAAAAUAUAUAUGUAGAGUGUACUAGAAAGCUAUUUUAACGUGGGCCCUAUAUAAGUUAGGAUAAGUAGUCAAGUAUUUACGUUAUUUUUAUUGUAUAUAUUCACUUCUGCCCUGUGCCACAACUGAAGACUAGUUACUAGAAUGUAUGCAACUGUAAACACUGGCAGAAGCCAAUAAAUGUCUUAAUGUUUUGGUGCUAAGA